AUGAAUGCUAGUAGCUUUAUGGUAGAAGGCCAGAGAAAGGCAGGAUAUGCAGUGGUGACACCAUGGGAAAUUGUAGAAGUCAACCCAUUACCAGUGGCGGCCGAAGCGCCCUUGCAGGAUUUGGUGGAAGAAGCCACCUGCUCCAUUUGCCGGGACUUUUUCCAGGACCCCGUGCUCAUCCCGGAGUGCGGCCACAACUUCUGCCGGGGCUGCCUGACCCGCAGUUGGGGGACGUCGGAAUCAAAGGCUUCCUGCCCCCAAUGUAGACGGACCUUCGCGCCCCAUAACCUUCUCCCCAACAGGCAGCUGGCGCGGGUGGCUGAAGUGGCCAGGCGAUGCGGCGGCUGUGCGGAGGAGGAAGGAGGGAGCUUCUGCCCGAAGCACCGGGAGCCUCUCAAGCUCUUCUGUAAGGACCACGAGACCCUCAUCUGCGUGGUCUGCGACCGAUCCAAAGAGCACAGGGGCCACUCGGUGAUCCCUGCGGAGGAGGCUUUCCUGGAGUACCAGGUGAAGGUUGAGGAUUGCCUGAAAGCUCAGAAGGAACAGAAAGAAAAAAUAGCUACAAACAAAAUAAUCGCAGCGCUAACAGUGGAGGAGGGGCUUGACAUCAUUAAAAAAGUGAAAAGUUAUGUAGUGGCUGAAUUCAGAGAGCUACAACUCUGGUUAGAAGGAAGGGAGAAGCUUACGUUGGCUAGAAUGGAAGAGACGAAGAAGAGUAUUAUGGUAAGAAAGGAGAAGGCUUUAGCCAAACACAUGGAGGAAGUCAACUCUCUUGACCAUCUCAUCCAGGAGAUAGAAGAGAAGCGGCAGCCGCCAGCCAGCCAACUCUUACAGGACAUUGGAAGCGUCUUGAAGAAUGCGCUGCUGGAGACUCCAAAACCUGCCCUGCGAACCGUCCGAGUCCAGGGGUCCGGGGGCAUUUAUAUCUCUACUAUAGAUAUAUAUAGUACUACUACUACUCUGACAUGCCUUCAUCGAAAAACUGAAGCUCAGCCAGGCAAGAAAAUUCUAUCAAUCCAGUCUCUGGCAGUAGGAUUUGAGUUAACCUUUGCUUGGAGUCUCCCGCAGCGCACUGAGAAGAGACGUGUCAGUGGAUGUAACUCUGGAUCCAGACACAGCCAAUCCUGACCACCUUAAUGUCUCCAAAGAUCGAAAAAGCGUCAGAGGAGUUAAGCCACUUAACAGAAUAUAUCCUGUCUCAGACUGCAACAGAUCUGACAGAAAUGCUUAUGUCUUUGGCUGUCAGAGGUUCUCAACAGGGAGA